AUGCGAUACGAGCCCCUCGUCAAGUCGAAGAACGAAAUUCGCGUUCUGAGGUUUCUGGGUCCUUUCCGUUCUAUUUCGGCUGAGGAAUCUAUUGAAUGCACGAUCGAGCAUGUUCCGCUGGAAGAAGGUCCUUUUGACUCCCAAUCGGAUCAAAGCUACACGCCAACCCAAAAGUACCCAAUAAUGCGGGACAAAUUUACGAAAUGCGUGGAUCUACGAGAUGCGGCUAUAGAGGAAUUGACAGUCGAGAAGGCCAUAUAUACGGGCCCCAAUCAGGCUUACAGUCAACCCAGCAAAUCUCGUUUUGUCUGGGGAGAUUUCGAAGCUUUGUCAUACACCUGGGGUGAACGAGGUGAUGUAAAGAGCAUCGUCGUGAACGGAAUGCACAAAGACGUUCCGAAGAAUCUCGAGGUAGCGUUGAGAGCUUUGCGAGAUCUGCGUGAGACGCGUCUGGGUAUGCGUCAUUGGGUAGAUUCAUUGUGCAUUAACCAGGAAGAUGAAGAAGAGCGCAGCGAACAAGUCAAGCGUAUGAAAGCAAUCUACGGUCGAGCCAGGGCGGUUAUAGUCUGGUUAGGCCAGGAAGAAAAAACCGACAAGGUUGCAGUUCAGACGAUGCAACACCUUUGUUUGGAUCCGUAUUUGAAGAAUCCACUUAUGCUGCCAAAGGAUUUGCUGACUGAUGGAUGGUCCGCUCUUUUCGCCUUUGCACAAAAGCCUUAUUGGAAUCGAGCGUGGAUCAUCCAGGAGCUCGCUAUGAACCACAAUUCGACGUUGAUAUUGUGCGGAGAAUUUCGAUUGACGAGAAGAAUGAUACGCCUAGGUGCUGACUACUUUCAAAAGUCGCUAAAAGCCUUCCAAGACCGAUCCUAUCAAUCUGGCAAUGUCUUGGGCCUAGAUGUAUGGUCCAUUGUCAGUCGCAUAUACCGCCUAGCAAAUCUUGUUUACAACCCGGAUCUCAAAGAAAGCCUGACUGCGUUGCUGAACCUUGUCCGCGGGGCCAAGGCAACCGAUGCAAGAGACAAGGUUUAUGGUAUACUUGGGUUGUUGGAUCCUGCCAUCUCCGCAGAUCUCGCUCCAGAUUACUCGCUCUCCGACCAGGAGGUCUAUAAAAACUUUAUGAAAUCUGUUAUCAAAAGAUCGGGACGGUUGGAUGAAAUUGCAUAUGUAGGUACCCACAUAGAGAAGGCAUGGCCGUCGUGGGUCCCCGACUGGAGAUUACCAUUCGGUCGCCACCACAUCCAGUAUCUGAGAUCCCGUUCGGCGAGUGGGAAUGAAGCCAUGAAAGUUCGAUUCGUUGAGCAAGGCAAAAACAGUACACUUCUUGUUUGCAGUGGAUUGCAAGUGGACAUAGUCGAUGGUACUGCAGCCGAACCUCCCCUACAUCGUUCUACUCAAUCACGCUACACCUUGAAUAGAUAUGGCAGUCGCAAAUCCGAAGCACUCCAGCAGACCUUGCUUAUGGGCCACUCUAAAGCUACUCCAGGCACAAUUAUGGGCUAUCCUAAAGCGACUACAGGCGUACUCAAGCCUGGUGUGAUUCGAGAUGUACUUCUCAAAGUACCUUGGCCAUUAGAAUAUAGUUCAUCGCCACGACGGCCAAAGAUCUGUCAGUCAAACUACUUUCAAAGGUUUGAUAAGUUCAGAAAACACAAUCGAGGCUUCCGUAUCGGAGGCCAGAGUUUCGAAAGCUUCUUCCCAACGGCUCAUAACAAAGAUUUAGAAGUAGAGCUUACGCUACGUCAUUCGCGCUUGGCUAUGCUGUCUUUGGAACAAAGAGCUCUCAUAACAACGGAAACUGGUUAUUUGGGACUGGCCCCUACAGCUGUUCGCCAAGGAGAUGUCGUUGCUAUCUUAUUUGGCUGUAGGUUUCCUAUGGUCUUGAGGCCCUACCUUGAUGACAUGUAUCAAGUCAUCGGAGAAUGCUACAUCCACGAACUCAUGGAUGGGGAAAUUUUGAGUCAGGAGCGUGACGGCCAUGUUUCAGCGCGGGAAUUUGUCCUGUGUUAG